UAAAAAGAACAAACCCAUACAAUUUCAGUUCAGUCACCAGUAUAGUGUAUGUUCGAUGUCAGCUGUCUCGUCCUAUAUAAUGUGUGUAUAAUAGGUUAAAAACAUCUCUCAGUCUUCUGUCUGUUGAGAGUAUGUAAAACUAUAAGGUAACUGGAAACAAUUUUCAAUAAAUGUCCAUGGUAGUGGAAUUAUAAAAAAUGGCUACGUUCGAGAUUUUGAGAAAAGAUUAUAGUGAUUAUUUGCAGCAAUAUUUUAAGCUGUCGGAUGUCUCAUUGUUUCAAAAGAAAUGCGUCGAACGUUGUGGGAACGAUGGCGACAGAAAAGCAGCGAUCGAUCAGGCGCUGCGUGACACUCUAUUGGUGAUUUUGACAGAAAAUGCAUCGGAUAAUGUUCAUUCUUUGGAAAUGUAUAUCACCUUCUGCAUAGAGCUGUGCAGAAAGGAUCUAGCGACAGCUAGUAUGCCAGUCAUGCUAUUGGGUGACAUCUUCGAUUCGAUGACCCUGGAUAAAUGCGAACAAUUGUUCACCUUUGUUGAAAAUAACGUUACCAUAUGGAAGGAGGACUUGUUCUUCACUGCUUGCAAGAACAAUUUGUUAAGAAUGUGCAAUGAUUUAUUAAGGAGACUGUCACGUUCGCAACAAACUGUUUUUUGUGGGAGAAUUUUGUUGUUUCUUGCUAAGUUUUUUCCCUUUUCGGAAAGAUCAGGUUUGAAUAUCGUCAGUGAAUUUAAUCUAGAAAAUCAUACGGAAUUUGGUUCUGAAAAAGUGGAAGGAGAUGAUCUGGAGCAAAUAACUAAAGACGACGACAAGUCAGAAAAUAAAAUACCAAUUGAUUAUAAUUUGUACAGAAAAUUUUGGGCUCUGCAAGACUUCUUUAGAAAUCCAAAUCAGUGUUAUGUUAAAGUGCAUUGGAAGGUGUUUUCAGCUCAUGCAUCUAAUGUACUGUCGGCAUUUGCAUCUUUUAAAUUAGAAGAUCAGCGUAGUUAUCCUACAACAUGUAUAAAUAUGGACUCUUCAAUGGAAGGCUCUUACAAGGAAACUCAUUACUUCGCAAAAUACUUGACUAAUCAGAAAUUACUAGAAUUGCAGCUGUCUGAUUCUAAUUUCAGACGAUACGUAUUACUGCAAUUUCUCAUUGUUUUCCAGUAUCUGAAUAGCACUGUAAAGUUCAAGGCUGAGACACAUGAGCUCAAACCAGAUCAGGUGGAAUGGGUGAAGACUACUACAGAACAAGUCUAUGCUCUAUUGACGGAAACACCGCCCGAUGGACCUGCAUUUGCAGAGACCGUGAAAAACAUCUUAAAACGUGAGGAACAUUGGAACGCAUGGAAAAAUGAAGGUUGCCCACCAUUUAAAAGACCAGCGUCGGACAUCAUCGACGGUGACGAAGAACCACGUAAACCUAAGAGACCAAAACGGAGAAUCGGUGAUGUAAUUAGAGAUGCGCAAGCAGUUGGCAAAUAUCACAUGGGAAACCUAGAGCUUACUAAAUUAUGGAAUCUAUGUCCUAACAAUCUCGAAGCAUGCAAAUCAAAGGAUAGAGAUUUCCUCCCAUCUUUAGAAACAUAUUUUGAAGAUGCUAUUAUGGAACUAGAUCCUGCUGCAAUGGUUGAUGACAAGUACAAAAAAGUGAAUGAUGGUAAUUUUGGUUGGAGAGCAUUAAGACUGUUAGCAAGACGAAGCCCUCACUUCUUCGUUCAUGGAAAUUAUCCUAUAAAUAAAUUACCUGAAUAUCUUGAGACAAUGAUUAAAAAAAUCGCCAAAGAUCGCCCACAAACACAAUCUGACACAAAAUUAGAAACCGAAGAAACACCACCAUCAGAAUCUAACGAUCAGGAAUUUAACGAAGAUGUCCUGAAGCAGGAUAGUGAACAAGAUUCUGAAAGUACCGAUAUAAAAGCCAGAAAAUUGAAUAAAGUUACACCAGAGAUGGUAGGAAAAUUAUCGGAAAAUCUAAAAAAUGAUUGGAAGAAGCUAGCUACGAAAUUUGGUUAUACAAACGAUGAGAUUGCUUUUUUCGAAAGCAAAACUACGCCGUAUGAACAAUGCAAGACUAUGCUCGAAAUAUGGGCAGAAGAGGAUGAGGAUGCGUCGGUUGAGAAUUUAGCUUACAUUUUAGAAGGUUUAAAAUAUACAGAAGCUUUAACAGUGCUCAAAUCUUAAAUAUCUUUUUAAUUUAUUUAACGAUAAAAAUAUAAUUGUAACAAUCGUAAACUAUAUACAAUUCAUGAGAGAAUUGUUUGAUAAUUUUUUUUAUUUGUAAAAUAAAAUCGAAU